AAACAAAGGUACAUACAAUAAACAUAUUCAUCUUCUUCCCUCUCAUUGUGUUUUCUCUUUUUAAAUAAAUUAAUUAUUUUUACAUUUUAAUUCUGUAAUUAAUUGACGGACUGUCAUUCUCAUAUUCGUAACAGACAAAUCGCUCUAAAUUUUUACAAUUGGGGUUGAUUCGAUUUCUGAUGCGAAAGAUUCAAGCUUUGGAGAUUAUAUUCAAGUUACAAUAUUGGGAUUGCUUGUUUGAAUUUAAAUUACUGAACUUUGGUUUGGAUUCUGGUUUUUAUUGUAAUUUAGCAUAAUAAUUUGAUUAUAAGAAGAUGAAACGCAAACGUGGGCACAAGAAAGGGAAGUCAAAAAAGGGAUCUGUGACUGUGAGUAGUGUUAAAGAAGCAGAAGUUUCAACUGUGGAAAAUGAGUCAGGUUUGGAUGAGUUUGAUGAUAAUCCCAACACACCAUCUUCAACUGGUAAUGAUCAGCCUAACAAUCUUGUUGUUAGUGGUAAAGGGGUUGGGAAGCCACUUGGGAUUGUUAAAGUGAAGCUUAAAAAACCAAAAAUAAUGGAGUCCCAACUUGCUUCUUCUGAUGCUCCAACACAGAGUGAUACUGAUAAGAGUAGUCAGCAAAUGGGGUUGGAAAGACAAGCUGUGGUUGCUGAGAAAAUGGAAGAUAGUGCUAAUUCUUUGCUUGAAGCUACAUUGAGUACACUUGGGAAUUCGUCCAAGAAAGCUGGGAGCAUAAAGAUUAAGUCUUCAAAGUCUCUUGGACCAAGUAUUAAACAGGCUAAUAAUGAUGAUGUUCCAACAAUAAGAGAAGAGAGUCCAUUAAAGGAACUGAAGACCCCGGUUCGAGAUCAUCGAUAUGAUAAGGAAGAGUUAGAUACUUGUCUUAUGGUGAUUCAAAAGGUAAUGAAAAUGGAUGCUGCUGAACCGUUCAAUUCCCCUGUUAAUCCAAUUGCUCUUGGAAUUCCUGAUUAUUUUGAUGUGAUAGACACACCAAUGGAUUUCGGAACAAUAUGUAGCAAUCUUGAAAGUGGUGUUAAGUAUUCUAACUCUGAGGAUGUAUUCAAAGAUGUACAGUUUAUUUGGGGCAACUGUUACAAGUAUAACAAUAAGGGUGACUACAUUUUAGAGCUUUUGAAAAGGGUUAAGAAGAAUUUUACAAAGUAUUGGACAGCAGCUGGAUUGUAUAGCGGACAAUCAAGAGGAGCCGAGGAUGGUGAAGGGAGUCAAGAGAAGGCUGCACUAUCUAGUCAGGGGAAAUUACACGUGAAAGGUGGUCACUCGAAAAAAUCAAAGAAGGGCGGAAGGCGUCAUAAAGCCGAUUGUUUAUGUGCUAUAUGUGUUCUAAAGCGUCGUAGAAGGGAGCGUGAGGAGAAUGAUCGAAUAGCGAAAGGUCAGAUUGGAGGCAGUGAUAAUAAUCUUUCUCAAGAGUUGAAGCAAGAGGAAUCUUCACCGGCAGAAAGCCCUUCUGGUGAAAAUUCAUCGUCAGAUAUGGAUGAAUCUUCAGCAGACCCAAAUGCAACUGCUGAAGGGGAAGAAAGGAAAGAAGGGACAAUGGAGGAAUCUAAGCAGCAAUCGCAACCUUCGGCUGAGAAGGAAAAAGAGGAAGAGAAUGAAGACGAGGAUGAGGAGGGGGAUGAUGACGACGACGAUGAUGAUGCAGAUGGAGAGAAUGGCGUGGAGGUCGCAAAUGAAGAAAAUGUUGAAACGCCAGAGCAGUUUGAUAAAUCAAACGAGGACGCUGAUAAACGAUCUCAACAAGCAAUAGGAGAGGAGUCGGGUGACAGAAUUCAAUCCGAUACUCAUCGAAAAGAAGACACAACAAUGCAGCAUGAGGAACUAACGACAGAUGUUGAUCGACAUAAGAAUAAGGAAAUCGAAGAAUCACAUAAAAAAUUUAAAGCUAACCAGAUUAAGCUUUUGGAAAAUCCUAUGCUUUUGGAUUUGUGUGGAGUUCUAUUCCCUGAUAAUCCCAAGUCCAUAUGGAGAGGACCUCAUUCUUUAGUUCACUGUAAGAAUACUUCUCGUCGAAGCUCGAUUCACACAGCUAUCGAUUCACUCAUGAAAUCGGCCAACCAGUAAAAGGGUUUUUUGAUUUACACUCUUGGCAACAUUUCUCAUGGAGCUGUGAGGCAAUCUAGCUAAAAACAUUAGCAAAAUUUCUGUCUUGUUAUAUUUUUUUUUAUUUUAGUUGGGGCAAUAUAUGUGUAACAUAUAUAUCAUGUUAAGAAUGAAUAAUAAUUUGUAGCAUUUAUGUACAAAUAUGUGAUUAUUUCAAUUCUCAUUUUCCAUUGUGCUA